AUGGCAGGAGCCAUCACUCCAGCCAUGGUUAGGGCCGUCACUCCGGCCAUGGAUGUGACCAGGGAGAGUGCUUACGGAACAAUGAAUACAAAUUAUUACAAGUUUGGGUUAUCUGAACCUGGGAAUACUUCAUAUUAUGAUCUUGGUUUUGGUCAUGCUUAUGAGUUGAAUGAUCCUUACCCAAGAGAUGGUGAACAAAGAAGGCUUUUGCAGAGCUCUUCAACAACGACUAGUGAACAAAAUGUGGCAGUGAAUUCAGAAUGGGAAGGAAAUGCAAACACUUCUACGCGCAACAACCCCAUAGAAUGCCCACGGAGAAAUCAAAAUUCCCAGGAUUAUCAGGUUAUUUGGCAAGACAACAUUGAUCCUGAUAGCAUGACUUACGAGGAAUUACUUGAGUUAGGUGAGGCAGUUGGAACUCAAAGUCGAUGUCUUUCUCAAGAUCAGAUUUCUUUGCUUCCAAUCUCGAAGUGCAAAUGCAGCUUUUUCUCGAGAAAGGAAUCACGAGAUGAGAGAUGUGUGAUUUGCCAGAUGGAAUAUAAACGAGGGGACCGAUGGAUUACUCUACCGUGCAAACACCUCUAUCAUGCUGGUUGGGGGACCAGAUGGCUUAGCAUCGACAAGGCUUGCCCAAUAUGUUACACUGAGGUGUUUGCUGAUGCGUCAAAGUGCGAGAAAUAAUCCUGAUGAGCUUAAAAAA